AUGGCAGUAACUCCACGUCAAUCAAGAACCAUAAAAAUCGCACGUCCAAAUUUUAUAUCUAUAAAUAGACCCAGAACCCCUUUCUUGCCCAUUUGUUUGGCCGGCAGCGGUGGUGUAGAUACAAUAUGCCUCCUGGACGUGACCACGGCGGCUGAUCUGAUCCUCCCUGCUGCGACGGCCGCGGCGCGACCAUCCCUGCACGGACGGCAAGUCGGCAAGGUCGUCGGCAGCUGGGCUAGGGCGCCGGCGGAUCCUCGGUGCUGUGCAUUCUGCGCACGUCCUGGGCGAAGCGAUUUGCAGUUGACUCCUGGCCAGAACAUGGAUGUUCAGAUGGCGAAAGGAUGAAGUACUCAGAAGAUGCUAGAUUGCCCAAGACCGUGUUUUGAUGAUCUCCCCUCGGGAACAGAUGAACAUCUAGCAGUAGAUUGGAUUAGCCUAUCGUCUUUUUGUGUAAAUUGUGAUGAAUCAAAUCUAGUUGCAAUGGAUUCAAAGAUGUUUGUUCAUGGAAUCAUGAAUCUGACUCUAA